AUGGUUCAUACGAAAAAAAGAAAUCGGUUGAAACAAAAGACUAUGAAUGAUCUUCUGUAUGUGAUGGUAAAUACAAGAUUGACCAAGAAUAAGGCUGAAAGAAAAAAGCGAGAUCUAACAAUUGAUGAUUUCCAAGAUGAUGACGAUUGGUGGUAUGUUGCUGAGGAAGAAAAUGUAGGUGGUAAUCACGUAAACGUGGCUGAUUUAGAUGAAGAUUUGAUGCAAACUGCUGGUGCUAAAUCAACUGCACAUGUAGAUGAAUUUGAUGUCCUUGAAAUUAUAGAAAGUGACAAUGAAGAAGGAAAUACAAAUGAAGGUGAUGGAGAAGAUGAUAAUGAUAAUGAUUAUGAUGGAGAAAAUGAUGAGAUUAAUGAAGAUGAAGAAGUUGACACUAUGGGAAGAAAUCUAAAUUAUCGACGCAUUUGUGAUUUGUACUAG